CCGGUGCGCACCAUCCUGCAGCUCUUCCUGGAGAAAGGGCGCCAGACCCCGCACAAGCCCUUGCUGCUCUACCGCGACGAGACGCUCACCUACGCGCAGGUGGACCGACGCAGCAACCAGGUGGCGCGGGCGCUGCGCGACCACCUGGGCCUGCGCCAGGGGGACUGCGUGGCGAUUUUCAUGGGCAAUGAGCCGGCCUACGUGUGGCUGUGGCUGGGGCUGCUCAAGCUGGGCUGUGCCAUGGCGUGCCUCAACUACAACAUCCGCGGCAAGUCCCUGUUGCACUCUUUCCAGUGCUGCGGAGCCAAAGUGCUACUGGCCUCGCCAGAACUACAAGCAGUGGUUGAAGAAGUGCUGCCAAGCCUGAUGAGAGAUGAUGUGUCCAUCUAUUAUGUGAGCAGAACUUCCAACACAGACGGGGUUGGCACUUUCCUCGACAAAGUGGAUGAAGUGUCGACCGAACCUAUCCCGGAGUCCUGGAGGUCUGAAGUCAUGCUUUCCACUCCUGCCUUAUACAUUUAUACUUCGGGAACCACAGGUCUCCCGAAAGCUGCGAAGAUCAGUCACCAUCGCUUAUGGAAUGGAACCGGCCUCAUGAGUGUGGCCAGGAUUAAGAAAGAUGACAUCAUCUAUACCACUCUGCCCUUGUACCACAGCUCUGCGCUCCUCAUCGGUGUAAAUGGAUGUAUUGCGGCGGGUGCUACUCUUGUUUUGCGGAACAAAUUUUCAGCCAGCCAGUUUUGGGAUGACUGCAGAAAAUAUAAUGUCACUGUCAUUCAGUACAUUGGUGAACUGCUUAGGUAUUUAUGCAACACACCUCAGAAACCGAACGAUCGUGAUCACAAAGUGAGAGUAGCGCUGGGCAAUGGCUUGCGAGGAGAUGUGUGGAGUGAAUUCAUCAGGAGAUUUGGGGACAUUCACAUUUAUGAGUUCUAUGCCUCCACUGAAGGCAAUAUCAGCUUUGUAAAUUAUACGAGAAAAAUUGGUGCUGUCGGAAGAAUAAACUACUUACAGAGAAAAGUUGUAUCUUACGAGUUGAUUAAAUAUGAUGUGGAGAAAGGUGAACCUGUCCGAGAUGGAAAUGGAUAUUGCAUCAAAGUUCCCAAAGGUGAAGUUGGACUCCUGGUUUGCAAAAUCACACAACUUACACCAUUUUCUGGCUAUGCUGGAGGAAAGGCUCAGACAGAGAAGAAAAAACUGAGAGACGUCUUUAAGAAAGGAGAUGUCUAUUUCAACAGUGGAGAUCUCUUAAUGAUUGACCAGGAAGGUUUCAUGUACUUCCACGACAGAGUUGGAGAUACAUUCCGGUGGAAAGGGGAAAAUGUGGCUACCACUGAAGUCUCUGACGUACUAGGACUAGUUGAUUUUAUCCAAGAGGUGAAUGUUUAUGGAGUGCCUGUUCCAGGUCACGAGGGUCGAAUUGGCAUGGCCUCAAUUAGGAUGAAGGAAGGUCACGAAUUUGAUGGAAAGAAACUCUUUAAGCACAUUGCUGAUUACCUGCCUGGUUAUGCAAGGCCUCGGUUUCUAAGGAUACAGGACACCAUUGAGAUCACUGGAACUUUUAAACACUGCAAAGUGACCCUCAUGGAGGAGGGCUUUAACCCUGCAGUCAUCAAAGAUGCCUUGUAUUUCUUGGAUGACAAAGCAGAAACGUAUGUGCCUAUGACUGAGGACAUUUACAAUGCCAUAAAUGCUGAAACUCUGAAACUCUGAAUAUUCUCAGGAUGAUAACUUAUAUCUCCAGAAAGAAACCGAAUGGAUCCAACUUUAAUUUGAUUGAAGAGUGUGAGGUGCAUUUUUUUAAGCAUACCAAUAAAGGGAGACUUUUCUAAAUUACACCUAAACUUUUGCAAGUGAAAAGAUUUAGAGAUCAUUAUUUUUCAGUGUGCACCUACUGUUUGUAUUUGCAAACUACGCUUGUUAGAGGGAGGGCUUGUUUGUGGGGGUCUUUUAAUAUGUAAUAAAA